CCUGCUCCCGUCUCUGAGAUAGCUUGACAUGAUUGUAGCAAGUAGUGCAAAGCGUUUUCUCCUGACAGUGAAUGUUUCUCUGGACUGAUCAAGAGGUCGAGAAGACUUGUUGUUGUCAAACUUUAAUCAACCAGAGGAUAUUUGGGAGCAGACAUGGCGCUCACCGACGCAGACGUCCAGAAACAGAUAAAACACAUGAUGGGAUUCAUCGAGCAGGAGGCCAAAGAGAAAGUGGAGGAAAUCGAUGCUAAGGCCGAGGAGGAGUUCAACAUCGAGAAGGGCCGCCUGGUGCAGACUCAGAGGGUGAAAAUCAUGGAGUACUACGAGAAGAAGGAUAAGCAGAUAGAACAGCAUAAGAAGAUCCAGAUGUCCAACCUGAUGAACCAGGCGAGGCUGAGGGUGCUGAAGGCCAGAGACGACAUGAUCGCGGACUUACUAAACGAGUCUCGUCAAAGACUUGCAGAGAUAGUCCAGGACCCUGCCCAGUACUCAGUCCUGUUGGAAGGCCUGGUGCUUCAGGGAUUUUAUCAGCUGCUUGAACCCAAAGUCACUGUUCGCUGCAGAGAGCAGGACGUAGAAAUGGUUCAGGCUGCAGUCAGUAAGGACAUCCCGAUCUACAAAGAGGCAGUGAAGAUGAACAUAGUCGUCAGGAUUGACCAGGAACGCUUCCUCCCAUCAGCGAUCUGCGGAGGAAUUGAAAUGUACAACGAUAACGGGAAGAUCAAGGUCUCGAACACACUGGAGAGCAGGCUGGAGCUGAUGGCACAACAGAUGAUGCCUGAAAUCAGAGUCAACUUAUUCGGUGCCAACCCCAACCGCAGGUUCCUGGAUUAACACUGGAUUUGCAGAGAGGGCAGCGCGUGCUCAGGUGGAGCAUUUAAGGUGACACCAGACCAUCACCAUAGUGAACAAGAGUCUGUGCAAUCACCGACCGGCACUGUGGGUUAAAGACCCUGGCUAUCUUCAAGGGGUUCAACAGAUGUGUUGAAUACGUUUUUAUUUUUGUACUAAUGAACUGAUCAAAAUGCAACACGUGCACUUUCAUGGCAAGUGUUCUCUGCUUCAUCUAUCCAGGGUUUCCAAAAGGACUGCUUUAAAGUGAAAGGCAUUUUAAAGAGGUGUUCCCUCCUGUCAUUUUGGGUAAUCUUUUGCGCUUUAACUCUUCUUUAAGGUCACCAAAGAUACACUACCAGUCGAAAGUUUGGACACACCUUCUCAUUCAAUGUUUUUUUAUUUAUUUUAAUUAUUUCAACAUUGCAGAUUAAUACUGAAGACAUC